AUGUAUUUCUCAAACGUUGUCGUCGGCAUUCUCGCCGCCCAGGCCAUGUCAAAUGACAGAAGGCCAAGCCCAGCUCAAGCUGGCAAGUACGCAAAGGCCUUGAUGGCUGCUGCAGCCCUUCCAGUUUCUGGUGCACCCUUGAUGGGUCUGAUAGAACCUCGCAUGCCCCAUCACAAACGAGGCCAGAACGCUCAAGGCGGUCAGCAAGGCGGCCAGAACAAUGAUGAUCAGGACGACCAAGACGACGCCCAAGAUCAGGAAGAUCAAGGUCAAGACAACCAGAAUAAUGAAGAUGACGAGGCAGAACAAGACAAUGCCCAAGGCCAGGAUGGUCAGGGCAACGGUCAGGGAAACCAGAACAAUGGAAACCAAGAAAACGACCAGAAUGACGACCAGAAUGAUAACCAGGACGACGCUCAGAACGACAACCAGGGCGAUAACCAGGGCGGCAAUCAGAAUGAAGACGAGCAGAAUAAUAAUAACGGCAACGACCAGAACAUGGGAGACAACAAUGGCAACCAGAACGGCGGCGCUGACCAAACCGCUACCGAGACUCUUGCCACUGAAACCCAGACCGAUGCCGCUGCCACUGAGGCUCAGACUGAUGCUGCCAACGCCACUGAGGAUGCUGGUGCUGCCGAGACUACCGCUGUUGUGGAGACUGGUGCUGCCAACGGGACGGCGGCUGCUACUACUACUGCCGAUGCUGCGGCGACUGAGGCUCCUCAGGGUUGCAAUGCUGGUAACAACAAUGGAAACAACAACAACAACGGAAACGGAAAUGGAAACAACAACGAUCAGAACAAUGGCAAUGGAAAUGACAACCAGGGAGGUAACGGUAACGACAACGGCAACGACAAUGCCGAGAACGAUAACGCAGACAACAAUGAAGACGCCGGUAAUGAUAACGCCAACAAUGGUAACGACAAUGCAGGCGGUAACAAGGACGACGCUGCAAACAAUGAUGAUGCUGCUGGCAACGAUAACGCCGCAGGUGAUGAUAACGCUGCUGGUAAUGACAAUGCUGCUGAUGGUGGUAAUGCCAACAACGGCGAGGAUGCGGCAGGCAACGCAGGAAAGGACAACAACAACGCAGAUGCUGGCGCUGGCAAUGGAGACGAUGCAGCAGGUGACAAUGCUGAGGAUGACGCUGCUCAAGACGGCAACAAUGCUCAGGAUGGUGCCAAGGCUGGUGGAAACGCGAACGACAACGCUGCGUGCCAGGCUAAAGCCAAGGCCAAGCGUGGUCUCUUGGACAGCCUCCUGGGAAGCUUGGCGGGAGGUGCUGCCGGGGCUGGUCAGGAUGAUGCAGCUGCUGAGUGCGACAACUAG